AUGAUGCUCCAGCUUCAUAAAUUCUUCCGAAAAUCCAAGACAACGUCAGGCACCCCCAAGGCCACGUACAACGCCUGUGCUUCCCGGAGCGCUGCUCGGCCGCCAGAAUCCCAACGGCGCACUCGGCGGAUGAUGAGCGUUUUCAUCCAUCCCCAUGCCACGCGCUCCCUGCUGAGAGGCAUCGUCUGGGGCAUCCCGUCGGCGGCAUCGACAACGGCAGCCUCAAUCUCCUCUCGAUGGCCGUCGGCCUACAGCUGCCAAGCUCCAUCGGCGACGUUUUCAUGCCGGGCCACGUGGCAUUCGCCGCGCGUACGAGGAUGGACACACGGUGCCGGCCAGCGGCGGACCUUCUUCUCGUCGCCUACCAUCAUCCGCGACUACGAGGAACUACCACGAGACUACCGCGACCAAGCAGGGCUUGCCUUCAGCAAGAGAGACGUCACGGACGCGGAAGCCGAAAAGAUAUUCGGCCCCAACAUGAGGGCGCCGGCGGCGAACCAUCUGCUGCGCAUCCUACACGGGCGCCGGGUCGCAGGCACCCUCGAAGACCCGGCGUUUGCGAUCCACACAAGCCAAUUCUCGGCGGUGCAAAUGGCCGCGGGCCUCGAGUACCUGCGCAAGGAAGUGCCGGUCGACGAGGUGAUGAACUCUGGGCUGAGGGCGGAGGAUGAGCUGGCCCUGUUGGAGGACGAGACCGCUCGGGCGGAGCAGAAGCAGGUCAAGGCCGGUGGCCCCCCCCGGGGGGUCGACGAGGCGGCCGUGGAAGACUACAAGGUCGACCCGGUGUAUGGCCCGAGCCAGUUUGACAUGAUUCGAGCGCGGAACGCGGCCAAGGCCAAGGCGAGGGAGAAGGCGCUCGAGGAGGAACGCAAGGACAAGGAGGCAAUGUCGGCGACGACGGCGGCAGGACCGGUCGUCGAGCGACAGGACGAGGACCGGAAGCGGGCGAUUGCGAACCCCAAGAUUGCCGAAUACUACGAAAAGGCACAAUCGGAGCUUGAGGCGCCACCGGAACUGAGGGCGUGGGAGCGAAUCCUGCCGUCGGCAACCGUCGUCGCCCUCGUCGUCGGCUUCCUCGCGGCCGUGUCGAUGGUGUACGAGGAGCCGACGGCCCGGUACCGGCUGCUGCGGGAGAUUUCGACGUCGCAGGCGACGGUGGGCACCAUCAUCGCCGCCAACGUGCUCGUCUUCCUCGCCUGGAGAGUGCCGCCGCUGUGGAAGGUGCUGAACCGGCACAUGAUCCUGGUGGUGGCGACGGUGCGGCCGCUGACGCUCUUCACCGCCGUCUUCUCGCACACGUCGCUCAAGCACCUGCUCGUCAACAUGGUGCCCCUGUGGUUCGUCGGCACGAGCCUGCACGACGAGAUGGGGCGCGCCGACUUCCUGACGCUGUACCUCGGCAGCGGCGCCGUGGGCUUCCUCGGCAGUCUCGUGACGUACACGCUGCGCGGCUGGCUGACGGUGACGUCGCUGGGGGCCUCGGGCGCGACCUUGGGCCUCUGCUCGGCCUACCUCUGGGAGCACCGCGACGACGGCUUCCGAAUCCUCGGCAUCCCCGAAGGGGGCGUCCACGGCAUCGUCUUCCUCGCCAUGCUGACGGCGCUGCAGCUGGCCGGCCUCGGCAGGACGAUCAAGCACAAGGUGGACGUUGCGUCGCACCUCACGGGCAUCGCGGCCGGCAUCGUCGGCGUCGAACUGAUCGGCCGGACCGAGAGGAAGAGGCGAGACGGGGACAGGGCCGUGAUUGAGCUGCUGCCGCGGCGAGGGGACGGCGUCGGAGCCGAGGCCGGGAGCACGGCCGUGCAACUGGCGACGGCUACGAGAACGAGCCCCUACGGGCAUGCGAAGAAGGGCUGA